UUACUGGGAAACUUCUUGUUUGAUCAGGAGAUUCGAGUCUUUCAAAUUUUCCAUUCGGUACUCCCACCCUACAAUGACUUACCAAGAUGGAACAAUCGCAUCAUAUCGAACCUCCUCUACUAUCAAACUAAUUACUUUCUUGUGUUUGGUGUACUUUUCGUUUUACAGAGUUUCUUCAAUUCACAGGAUUUGGCACUUGGAUUGUCCGCUGUUUUAGUAGUUGCAGCUGUAGUCAGCUUUGCAAUUUCGGAUAAUCCAACUUUUUAUCAGACUCGUCGCGAUCAUCCACUAAUAACCCUUGGUGCGAUAAUCCUAUCUUGUUAUUUCUUUAUUCAAGUACUUCCGUCAGUGCUCACAGUGCUGUUUAGCGUACUACUUCCGUUAUUCAUAAUUCUGUGUCAUGCAUCAAUUCGCCUACGCGAUUUCAUGUCUAAAGUGACGCAAACCGCUGAGAAGUGA